AUGCUGGAGACGCGGUCAGCGCGGGCCGCAGAAUCGGUGUGGGCGAACAAGCCGCUGCCGGCGCCUCACGCCAUGGCCAAUACGAGGCACGGGAAAAACGCCCAGGACGACGUAUGCUACGUGGUAGCUAAAUACGACUACGCGGCGCAGGGUGCCCAGGAGUUAGACCUUCGUAAGAACGAGCGGUAUUUACUCUUGGACGACUCGAAGCACUGGUGGCGCGUGCAAAACGCGCGCAGCCAAUCUGGAUACGUACCCAGUAAUUACGUUAAGAAAGAAAAGCCUUCGCUCUUUGACAGUAUUAAGAAAAAAGUGAAAAAAGGAUCUGGGUCGAAAACGUUGCCUUCCAAUAGUUCUCCAGUGAGGGGGGCCAGCGGUGCGGGCGGUGAAGCGGGCGCGCGCCGCAUCGAACCUGCCGACGCUCUCGGAACUGCCGUCGUUAAGUACAACUACCAGGCACAACAGCCGGAUGAGCUGUCUCUCACUAAGGGCACUAGGAUUCUUAUACUGGAGAAGAGUAACGAUGGCUGGUGGCGGGGACAGUACCAGGGACAUACGGGCUGGUUUCCCUCGAACUACACCAGUGAGGAGGGUGACAAUGAGGACCCAGUUCAUACCUAUGCAAUGGCGGAGAACGUUCUAGAUAUUGUGGUGGCGCUGUAUUCCUUCACGUCGAACAACGAGCAGGAACUGUCGUUCGAGAAAGGCGACCGGUUAGAGAUCAUCGAGCGCCCCCCCUCCGACCCCGAGUGGUACCGCGCGCGCGACUCGCGCGGACACGUGGGGCUCGUGCCGCGCAACUACCUGCAGGAGCUCGCCGACUACCUUACGCAGCCUUAUAGUGACGGUGAAGGAGCCCGCGGAGGCCCGACGCCGGGCGGGCCCGCGACCAGCGCGUCGCUCGCGGGCCGCGCGUGGUACUACGGCGCCAUCACCCGCACGCACUGCGACGCGCUGCUCAACCAGCACGGCCACGACGGGGACUUCCUCAUCAGAGACUCGGAGACUAACGUGGGCGACUACUCGGUGUCGCUGAAGGCGCCGGGCCGCAACAAGCACUUCCGCGUGCACGUGGAGGGCUCGCUGUACUGCAUCGGACAGCGCAAGUUCCCCACGCUCGACCAGCUCGUGGCGCACUACCAGCGCGCUCCCAUCUACACCAACAAGCAGGGCGAGAAGCUCUACCUCGUGCGUCCGCUGCCGAGAGACAACUAA